CUUCUCACUGUUCAUUCUUUCUCUACCCAGCCACCAAAACUCACCCUUUGUAAAAAUUCAAAAUUUCGAUAAAAAAAAUUUUCAAAUUUCCAAAUUUUCUCGUCAUGGCGACAACAUCUGAAUCAUCGAAGUGUCCAACCACCUUUAAUCUCUGCAUCCACGACAUUUUUCUCUUCGCAUUCGCAGUACUCCCUGCACUCGUGACAAUUCUGUUGUACGAGGGACCCACUGAGAUCCAACUUUCGCGCGAUGGCGCCACGUGGCAGGCGGCGCAUUGGUCAAAUUAUGAUAUAAAUUCUCCACCUCCAAGUGACUAUAAUGCCACCCAGGUUACAAUCAGUUUGUCCCGGAUAACUGCGAAAUUAACACGGGCAGGAGAUUUGUCCCUGAGUUUCGUGCUGGUACAACAUUGGAGUGAUCCCAGGUUGGUGGUUCGAAAUGAGGAAAAUGGUCCGUCCGUGCAAAAUAUUGAGGCGAUUAAAUGGAACGGUUCUCCAAUUUCAAUUUGGAAACCGGCCCUUGGAACGGUGCCUGCUCACGUGGUGGAUAAAAGUGGAGACGAGACUUGGCUCUGGAAGGACGGAAGGGUCCUUCGAAAUCAACCCGUAACCAUCGUCGUGGACCCUUGCCGACCCGUUACAGAAUAUUUUAUUAAUAUUUUCUCCACCCGGGAAUAUUUAAAUGGGAUUGUCACCUUGAACUGGGACAGUCCAGAUGGAAGGCAUCCCCUCAGUUUUAAGGACCCCACGUUCGGAAUUUCAUCCAUUGUGAGGGGGCAAAGGUCACAAAAAUCGCGGCUCCUGUAUUCGACGAGUCGAUGUGAGACGACGUUCCGCCCUAAUUCCGCAAUUUCCUUGAAGCAAAGCUGUCUCAAGGUUGGCUUCAAGCUGGAGAAGAUUCCAACCUUGUUCCCCCAGGGUCCCCUCUACUUCUUGUUUUUCAUGUUGGGAUUUUUAUCUUGCGUGAUGAUAUUUCUUAUCAUAAUUUGCAUAUAUCAUUUCAAGUGAUAUGUAUUAAGGUUGA